GCCUUAUCAGCCUGUGGUGGAGUUUCCUAUUGGACAGGAAGUGGCCUUCCUUCGCUUCCUGCCGUCCCCUUCUGUGUGUGUGUGUGUGUGUGUGUGCAUGUGUGUCCGUAUGCCAACAAUAUGGUGACAAAACACUCAGUGCAGAGAGGCGAAGAACAAGGAUUUGGAGACAUCGAAGUGACGACGGGAAAAAAAAUCCCACAGCAAGUUGAAGCAAUUGCAAAAUUGUCAGAGUGGAUUAGGAAAGUGUGAAGGGAAGUGGCCAACCUGCUGCCAUGGAUUAUGAACCCAAGAAAUCCAAAAAGGGUUUGGUGUCUCCCAUCAAGCGUCUGGUGUGGUCCAAAGCCAGCCGCAGGCCGGCGGAGCGAGGCAGCGUUUACCGGCGUCCCCUGCACACCGUCCCGCUCUACCCCCCCGACUUCCUCAUCCACCCCGAAAGACUCAUCUUUGACUAUGUGGAGAAGGAGGUGAAGUUUCUGGCUCACCUGACCUGGGUCUCGGUUUCUCUGAACCCAUCCAGUCGAGAUGAACUGCUGCAACUGCUGGACACAGCCAGGCAGCUGAGGGUCCUCCCGUCCAAGACCAGCGCGGAGCAGGACUGCAUCUUGAGUCUGUCCGCUCGCUGCCUGCUGCUGACGUGGAGAGACAACGAGAAGCUGCUGAUGAGGAUUCCCACGCACGAGGUCGCCGCCGCAUCCUACCUGAGAGACGACGCGCUGCACCUGCUGGUCCUCAAGACAGGUCUAAACGUGGACACGGUGGUCGCCGGCGACAACAGCCUGGACCGAAAGAAUCCGACGGGCAUCGACGGCCGGCGUCAAACGGUGAGCUGCGACGCCGACCCGCGACCUUCCGGCGGGACCAUGGAGCGCCGGCACACCAUCUGCGGAGUGGACUGGAGGCCCUCGCUGUCCAGGAGCGGCCACGACAAAAACCAGAGCCUGGAACGAGGAGGAGGAGGAGGAGGAAGCGGCGGCGGAGGGAGCUUGGAAAGGAAGCGAGCGGGGGGCAGCUGGGAGAGGAGACAGGCCGGGCGCAAGACGGGCGGCAGCUGGGAGAGCCGUCGGCCCAGGCCGGCCGGCGGCUCGGCGCCCGCCGGCGGCGGGAGCUGGGAGAGGCGAGGAGCGGGAGCAGGAACGGGCGGCGGCGGCGCGGGCAGCUGGGAGCGGCGCCGGGCCUGCACGGGGAGCUGGGAGAGGGGCAAGAGCUACGGAAGCUGGGAGAGGAGGAACCACAACCCGCUGGAGCCCACCCCGUGCCCCGACGCCUACUGCAACCUCGUCGUCCUGGCCGUCGACAACCGGGACGCCGCCGAGGAGUACUGCUCACUGAUCUGCCAGAUGUUCCAGAUCAUUUACGGCCAUCAGACCAUCGAGUGCGUGGACAGAGCGGGAUUUCACCACACCGUGCCGGACCGCUACUGGCUGCAGAGAAGUGACAGCUGCCUGACGGACGCCUCGUACGGCUACGAGGCGGAAUUCUGCAGCUCACACGACGGAUCCCAGGAUGCCUUUGAGCUCUACUACGGCGAGACGUACAGCGAGAGCUCGUCGCUUUCGGCGCAGGACUCCCACGGGGGCGUGGCUUCGGUCGACGACGCCUUCCGGAGCGACGCCCCCCUGGCGCUCAUGCAGGACUACAUGACGACGCUGAGGAACAAGCUGAGCGCCGCGGAGUUGCAACACUUUGCGGCGUUUUUGCGAGAAUACAGGCUGGGCUCGGACGUUGGCCACUUUUGCUCCGAGCUGCUCCGGCUGUACGGGGACGAGCGCAAGUUUCUGCUUUUGGGUAUGCGGCCGUUCAUCCCGGACAAGGACGCGGGCGUGUUUGAGAGCUUCCUGGAAAGCAUCGGCAUCCGCGAGGGUGGAAUUUUGACCGACAGCUUUGGACGCAUCAAGCGCAGCAUGAGCAACACCUCGGCCAGCGCCGUCAGAGGAUACGACAGUUGCUCGGUGACGUCGGGGUCUCAGGAGUUCAACCGCCGCAUCAGCGACAUCACACACGACAUCCAAGCCCUGGGCUUCGGGGACGCACACGGCGAUAUUGAGGAAGAGGACUACUACCUGUGAUUCAAGUCGCUUGGUUGACGUUGGACUCGCAGCCCCGCGCAAGAAAGCUCCCGUUGCCAAAACACGGUGGCUUUUAUUGAAGACCGACAUUUUCAACAACAACAAAAAAAGGCGAAAUGGGUUUCAAUGUUUUCCAGAAAUGCAAUCACCUAAACCUCUACUCAAUGGCUCUUCAGC